AUGCCCCAGACCGAGCCCCAGACCGAGCGGAGCGAUUACCCCCUCCCCCUGUGCCGCCUCGCCGAGAUCGAGGACGGCGAGGGCAAGUCGCUGGAGGUCCACGACGGCACCCAGGUCCGCGAGCUGGUGGUGCUGCGCCAGGGGCGGGCGGUCUACGGCUACCUCAACGCCUGCCCGCACCUGGGGGUGCCGCUGGAGAUGCGGCCCGACCGCUUCAUGAACGCGCGCGGCAGCCACGUGAUCUGCCGCACCCACGGCGCGCUGUUCCGGCCGCACGACGGCUACUGCGUGUCCGGGCCCUGCGUCGGGCAGGCGCUGACCCCCAUCGCCGUCGCGCUGGACGCCGCCGAGCGGGUGGUGCUGAUCGCCCCGCUGCCGCCGCCGCCGGACCAGGCCAGGGCCCGGCGCCGGCGCGAGCUUCGGCGCCGCUUCCUGCCCAUGGUUGUUAACCGGCGGCCAUCUGCGACCGGGCCGCGCAGCGCCGAGGGCUGCGCCCCGCAACGAGACAGGCCCCCCGAGGAGGAGAGCAACGCGCCGGGUCCAAGCCGCGCGGCGCGGCAGGCCGCAACGAGACCGAUUGAGGGAGCGCGACCCCAGAUGAGCAGCACCUUCCCCGUCCCCGACGAGAUUGCCGAGAACGCCUGGGUCGACGCCGCCGGCUACCAGCGGAUGUACGAGCAGUCGGUCGCUGACCCCGAGGCCUUCUGGGCCGAGCAGGGCAAGCGGAUCCACUGGUUCAAGCCCUACAGCCAGGUCAAGGACGUCUCCUACGCGCCCGACGACGUGCACAUCCGCUGGUUCCACGACGGCACCACCAACGCCGCCUACAACUGCAUCGACCGCCACCUGGAUACCAAGCGGAACGACACGGCGAUCAUCUGGGAAGGCGACAGCCCCCAAGAGCACAAGCACAUCACCUACGGCGAGCUCUACGAGGAGGUCUGCCGCCUGGCCAACGCGCUGAAGGCCAACGGCGUCAAGAAGGGCGACCGGGUGACCAUCUACCUGCCGAUGAUCCCCGAGGCGGCCUACGCCAUGCUGGCCUGCGCGCGCAUCGGCGCCAUCCACUCGGUGGUCUUCGGCGGCUUCAGCCCCGACGCGCUGGCCGGCCGCAUUCAGGACUGCGAGUCCAGCUUCGUCAUCACCUCCGACGAGGGCGUGCGCGGCGGCCGCAAGAUCCCGCUGAAGGCCAACACCGACAAGGCGCUGGCCUCCUGCCCCGGAGUCGAGAAGGUGCUGGUGGUGCGCCGCACCGGCGGCGCGAUCGACUGGGUCGACGGCCGCGACCUCUGGUACCACGAGGAGCUCGGCAAGGUCUCCGACGACUGCCCGGCCGAGGAGAUGAACGCCGAGGACCCGCUGUUCAUCCUCUACACCUCCG